CAAAGAUUGUACUUUGGAGGAAGCGAGCAAACAUCCGCCCGGUGCUUUUUUAACAGGCUUGACGUCACCAUUUUGUGUCACUUUCUUCCCGAACUUUUCUGCGUAGAAGAGAUUUACAGCAGAAUUGUGAAUUAAACCGAUAUGGGAGCGUGUUUGGCACUAGGCUCCCUCGGGAGUUGUGCAUCCUGCCUUUGUGGCUCAGCCUCCUGCCUCUUGUCAUCAUGCUGCCCUUCCACAUACAACUCCACCAUCAGCCGGCUGGCCUUCUCCUUCCUGCUGCUGCUUGGAACGUUUGUGUCCAUCAUCAUGAUCCUUCCUGGCAUGGAGGAACAUCUCAAAAGGAUUCCAGGUUUCUGUGUGGGAAGCUCCAGCAUACCUGGCCAGGUGAACUGCGAUGUCAUUGUGGGUUAUAAGUCAGUGUACCGCAUGUGCUUUGCCAUGGCCUGCUUCUUCCUCCUCUUCUCCAUCAUCAUGAUCCGAGUGCGCAGCAGCAAGGACCCCCGAGCCUCCCUCCAGAACGGCUUCUGGUUCUUUAAAUUUCUGGUACUGGUUGGCAUCACCGUAGGAGCUUUUUUCAUUCCAGAUGGCACUUUUAAUACAGUGUGGUAUUACUUUGGCGUGGUUGGCUCCUUCGUCUUCAUCAUCAUCCAGCUCAUCCUUCUGGUGGACUUUGCCCAUUCCUGGAACCAGUCCUGGCUGGAGAAGGCAGAGGAGGGAAACACCAAGUGCUGGUUUGCAGCUCUGCUCUCCUUCACCAUCUUCUACUACGCUAUGGCUUUCACCGCCGUCGUCCUCUUCUAUGUGUUUUACACCCAAGCCGACGGCUGCACGGAGCACAAGGUCUUCAUCAGCCUCAACUUGAUCUUCUGCAUCCUGGUGUCCGUCGUCUCCAUUCUGCCCAAAGUUCAGGAGGCUCAGCCCACCUCGGGCCUGCUGCAGGCCUCACUCAUCUCUCUUUACACCAUGUACGUCACCUGGUCAGCCAUGACCAACAACCCCAACCGGAAGUGUAACCCCAGUCUGCUGAGUCUGGUCCAGCCCGGCUCGACCACCCCAGCCCCAGGACCGGCUCCUCCCACGCCAGCCCCGGGAAACGUGCAGUGGUGGGACGCCCAGGGCGUCGUGGGGCUAAUCAUUUUCGUCCUCUGCACGCUUUAUGCCAGCAUCCGCUCAUCCAACAACUCCCAAGUGAACAAGCUGAUGCAGACCGAGGAGGGCCAGGGUCUGACGGCCAGCAUGGAGGCCGGCGGGGGGGAGGACGGCGUCCACCAUGCCGUGGACAACGAAGAGGAGGGCGUCACCUACAGCUACUCCUUCUUUCACUUCAGCCUUUUCCUGGCCUCUCUCUACAUCAUGAUGACCCUCACCAACUGGUACCAGCCCAACACAGACUACGAGGCCAUGCAGACCACCAUGCCAGCUGUCUGGGUGAAGAUAGGCUCCAGCUGGCUGGGCCUGGGUCUCUACCUUUGGACCCUGGUGGCCCCGCUGGUGCUGUCUGACAGAGACUUCAGCUAAAGAGAAACUUUGGGGGAAAAAAAGCAGCUUUACAAAUGCUUUACCGGUUUUCAGGUCACUGCAGAUUAGUUGAUAAUAGUUGAUCGUUAAUCGCUGUUAAUGUCACCAGAAAAAUAAAUUGUUUGUAUCUUUUUAAUCACAUUCCAGUUAUUCACCGCAAUUUCCUUUCUUUUCUUUUUUU